UGCAACCUCAUCGGCUUCGCCUACCCCGCCUACGUCUCAAUCAAGGCAAUUGAAAGCCCCAACAAAGAUGACGACACACAGUGGCUGACUUACUGGGUUGUUUAUGGAGUCUUCAGCAUUGCAGAAUUCUUCUCUGAUAUCUUUCUGUCUUGGUUCCCUUUUUACUACAUGCUGAAGUGCGGUUUUCUGGUGUGGUGCAUGGCUCCAAGCCCUUCCAAUGGAGCAGAGCUUCUCUACCAUCGAAUUAUCCGCCCUUUCUUCCUGAAGCAUGAGGCUCAGCUGGAUGAUGUUGUAAAAGAUCUGAAAGACAAAGCUGCAGAAACUGCUGAUACCAUCACCAGGGAAGCCAAGAAAGCUACAGUGAAUUUACUGGGUGAGGAGAAGAAGAGUACUUAAAACAGUUAACUGGAUGAAGAAAGUUUCCUUCCCCCUCCCCCUUUAUAAAGCUUGAUGUUACUGGGGACUGUGGUAUAAUUUUAACAAUGUUGCCUUGGAAACAUUUUUGAUAUAUUAGGGGAAUGUGUUGUAAGUUUUGCUUACUACUUUGCUGUUGUCUGUAUAAAAAGUGAGCAUUUUUAUUUAAAUGCAGUGCAGUGAACAGCAUCUAAAGCUUAUUGAAAAUAUUUUAUUAGUCACUGUGCAGAGGAAGAUCUUUCAGUAGCUUCCUCUUGCAGUAAACAUAAAUAAAAUGAUAUAUCCCA